CGAUGCUAGAGAACCAACUUUAGUAUUAUCCAACUGUCCUACAGAUUCUGAUCAACCAAUCGUAUAUAUAACUCCCAGAAAUAGCAGUAUUUAUGUACAUAGACAUGAUAAUGUGACAUUAGAGUGUGCAUUUGUAUCGCUUGCUAACAUUACGAGUUUCAAAUGGAUCAAGCAUGGACAAACUGGACAAACAAUUUUAAAUGAAACCACUAAUUUUUCCGGAGCUUCUCACAGCGUACCGCUAUUUAUGUCUGAUUUUAUACCUGAGGACAUAGGUACUUAUCAGUGUAAUGUUUCUAACGAGAAUGGCGGACGUGAUGACAAUGUAACCAUACGCAUAUUUGAAGAAACCCCUGACCCUCAAAUAACACUUGAAAUAUACCAGCUGAAUCUUGGUGGAGACGUUCAUUUGGACUGUAUGAUUGACUCAUAUCCAGAAAUAUUGGAUGUUUGGUGGAUGAAAGACGACAGUUCAAUAGAUAAAACAGAUAGUCGGUACAGCGGAUCUGUUCCCCUGGAACCAUCCCUUAACAUAUCUAUUACUACUACAGACGAUAUUGGAUAUUACAGAUGCUGUGCAAACAAUUCAAAAGAUUUCAACUGUAGUAACAACAUACUAGUUGGAUAUAUGCCUAUCAUUACUUAUUCUACACAUUAUGCAGAAGGAUUCCUGGGAAAGCCAUUUCACAUCACGUGUGAAGUGAAAUCUGCUCCUGAAAUCCUUGAUGUUUCGCUUCAAUUUAAAGGAAAGAUUGUGGAAGCAAAUGUCUCCAAUGUAUUCACUGGAAAUCACCAAGAAAAAUUUGUAUUUACUAUUAUCGACCCAACAUUACAGGAUAGUGGAAAUUAUACAUGCAACGCAACUAAUGUGCACACAUCCAGCAUUAGUGAUGCAAUUACAAUAGAAAUAUAUGGAGGCAAGUUCUAA